AUGUUUGUGUCCAACAGUACCGUUUGGGAUGGUUCUGUCUGCAGCCGUACCGUCAGGGAUGGUUCUGUCCGCAGCAGUACCGUUUGGGAUGGUUCUGUCCGCAACAGUACCGUCAGGAAUGGUUCUGUUCGCCACAGUACCGUCAGGAAUGGUUCUGUUCGCCACAGUACCGUCAGGAAUGGUUCUGUCCGCCACAGUACCGUCAGGGAUGGUUCUGUCCGCCACAGUACCCUCAGGGAUGGUUUUGUCCGCCACAGUAUCGUCAGGGAUGGUUCUGUCCGCUACAGUACCAUCAGGGAUGGUUCUGUCUGCCACAGUACCGUCAGGGGUGGUUCUGUCCGCCACAGUACCGUCAGGGAUGGUUCUGUCCGCCACAGUACCGUCAGGAAUGGUUCUGUCUGCAGCAGUAACGUCAGGGAUGGUUCUGUCCGCCACAGUACCGUCAGGAAUGGUUCUGUCCGCAACAGUACCGUCAAGGAUGGUUCUGCCCGCAGCAGUACCGUCAGGGAUGGUUGUGUCCGCCACAGUACCGUCAGGGAUGGUUCUGUCCGCCAUAGUACCGUCAGGGAUGGUUCUGUCCGCCACAGUACCGUCAAGGAUGGUUCUGUACGCCACAGUACCGUCAGGGAUGGUUCUGUCCGCCACAGUACCGUCAGGGAUGGUUGUGUCCGCCACAGUACCGUCAGGGAUAGUUCUGUCCGACACAGUACCGUCAGGGAUGGUUCUGUCCGCCACAGUACCGUCAGGAAUGGUUCUGUCCGCAACAGUACCGUCAGGGAUGGUUCUGCCCGCAGCAGUACCGUCAGGGAUGGUUGUGUCCGCCACAGUACUGUCAGGGAUGGUUCUGUCCGCCACAGUACCGUCAGGGAUGGUUCUGUCCGCCACAGUACCGUCAAGGAUGGUUCUGUCCGCCACAGUACCGUCAGGGAUGGUUCUGUCCGCCACAGUACCGUCAGGGAUGGUUCUGUCCGCCACAGUACCGUCAGGGAUGGUUCUGUCCGCCACAGUACCGUUAGGGAUGGUUCUGUCCGCCACAGUACCGUCAGGGGUGGUUCUGUCCGCCACAGUACCGUCAGGGAUGGUUCUGUCCGCCACAGUACCGUCAGGGAUGGUUCUGUCCGCCACAGUACCGUCAGGGAUGGUUCUGUCCGCCACAGUACCGUCAGGGAUGGUUCUGUCCGCCACAGUACCGUCAGGAAUGGUUCUGUCCGCAGCAGUACCGUCAGGGAUGGUUCUGCCCGCAGCAGUACCGUCAGGGAUGGUUCUGUCCGCCACAGUACCGUCAGGGGUGGUUCUGUCCGCCACAGUACCGUCAGGGAUGGUUCUGUCCGCCACAGUACCGUCAGGGGUGGUUCUGUCCGCCACAGUACCGUCAGGGAUGGUUCUGUCCGCCACAGUACCGUCAGGGGUGGUUCUGUCCGCCACAGUACCGUCAAGGAUGGUUCUGUCCGCCACAGUACCGUCAGGGAUGGUUCUGUCCGCCACAGUACCGUCAGGGAUGGUUCUGUCCGCCACAGUACCGUCAGGGGUGGUUCUGUCCGCCACAGUACCGUCAGGGAUGGUUCUGUCCGCCACAGUACCGUCAGGGGUGGUUCUGUCCGCCACAGUACCGUCAGGGAUGGUUCUGUCCGCCACAGUACCGUCAGGGAUGGUUCUGUCCUCAACAGUGUCACGAAUUAA